AGGUGUUGCAGGCAACCCAAAACGUUAUGAUCAGGAAUGCAGAGAGAAGGCUCUCCUCAAGUAGAUAGUCGGCAAAAAUUUGUAUUUAUUUACUUUUUUUCAAACUCUGCGCCCCAUUCACACCCUGGACCCUCAAAGUUCAGCGCCGGGUCUUCAUGAGCGACCAACAGGCAAAAAGGCACGGAAAGAAGAAUUACAUCAUUGGAAUUGGAGGGGUUACUAAUGGGGGUAAAACCACCCUAGCGAAAAGGUUGAAAAAGACGCUCCCAAACUGCUGUGUUGUGCACCAAGACGACUACUACAAGAAACCAGAUGAGAUAGAAGUUGGGCCAGACGGCUUCAAACAAUGGGACGUAAUAACAGCCCUGGACAUGGAAGCCAUGACUAACACGAUAAAACGAUGGAUAAGCGACCCGGUGAAAUUCGGCCGUUCGCAGGGCAUCACGUAUUCGCCAGGCUUUAGAAAAUUCAAAAACGUUCAGCCCUUUCACAUUCUGAUUGUAGAUGGAUUCCUAAUCUACAAUUAUCCUGGCUUGACGGAUUUGUUUGACAAGCGCUAUUACAUCUCUAUUACGUAUGAGGAGUGCAAGAUUCGAAGAAGUUUCAGGCAAUACAUCGUCGCAGACCCCCCAGGCCUGUUUGAUGGUCACGUUUGGCCAAUGUACCUCAAACAUAGAAAAAGCUUGGAGGAGAGCAACUUGGAGAUAGAUGGCAUCUGUUACAGAGCACCUGGAUGGCAUGAAACCGAAGGAGGACCUCUACAAUCAAGUUUUUGAAGACAUUCAGAACAAAUUGCUUAAUCAGUUAUGAAUGCAACAUCUGAUAUCCUUGUAUCCUCAAACAGUUCCAUCUCGGUAGAACACACUACAAAAUGUGUGACACUAAAUAUUGUUCUCAUCAUCACCUGCCAUUUGUUUCAUAUACCUACACACAAACAUGAAGUUGACGGCUCUAAACAAGCUCCGAGCAGCAAAGGAAUGUGAAACACCCAUACUGUCUUUUCAUUGAUCUACAGUGGAAUUCCUAAAACUGUUUUAACUGUAGUUAACAAACAUAGAAACAUAGAAAACAUAGAACAAGCUUAGAAGAGCAACUUGUAGAUAGGUAUACUUUCUUCCAUUACCAUUGUUUUCUACCAUUAACAUUUAACUGUUUACAUAUAUUGAGCACAAGUAUGGCUAUUGUUCUCAAUUGACGUGAAUAUUUUGUACUGGUAAAGCUAUUUUCAUGAUUAAAAUGUGUCAAAUGUUGUUACAUAAUGGUUUUAUUUUUGAUGGAACAAAGGAAGAGGCUAUCGAAUCUAAUGUAAUCUAUCUAUCUAUCUCUCUAUCUAUCUGUCUAUCUAUCUAUCUAUCUAUCUAUCUAUCUAUCUAUCUAUCUAUCUCUCUAUCUCUCUAGCUAUCUAUCUAUCUAUCUAUCUAUCAACAAAGACAUAACUACACAAAGGCCAUCUCAUCUAAUAACAGGAUCCUCCACUGACCCGUAGCUGGCCUCCGAUG